CGACGGUUGGAAAUGAGGCUGUUGUUAAAAUAGAGUAGGAAUGGAACGACUGCUUGUCUCCCUGCUUCUGGUAAUAGUGGGCAUCUCCUUGAAGUCAAGAAAGUCCAAAAGUGGUCAACCAUUGUCUCAAGAUAUGCCCGAAAAAAAGGGCACGGACGUGUCCUCUCCGGAUAAAUUUCUGGCCCUGAAAGACGUGAGGGAGGUUAAAGAGGAGACUACUCUGGACGAGAAGCUCUUCCUACUGGCCUGUGAGAAAGGUGACUACUACAUGGUGAAGAAGCUUCUGGAGGAGAAGCAUCAUGGAGAACUCAACAUCAACUGUGUAGAUGUGCUGGGGAGAGACGCUGUCACCAUCUCCAUUGAGAACGAAAACCUGGAUAUCCUUAAGCUGCUGCUGGAACAUGGCUGUCAGGCAACCGAUGCUCUGUUAGUGGCCAUCGACUCAGAGGUAGUGGGAGCUGUAGAUAUCCUCCUCAACCAUCGGCCCAGGAGGUCCUCCAAGCCCUCCAUUGCUAAACUGAUGCAGCGCAUCCAGAACCCUGAGUACUCCACCACCAUGGACGUUGCCCCGGUGAUCCUGGCAGCCCAUCGGAACAACUAUGAGAUACUGACCAUGCUGCUGAAGCAGGACAUCUCCCUGCCCAGACCUCACGCUGUGGGCUGUGAGUGCACCCUCUGCAACGCCAAAAACAAGAAGGACAGCCUACGACACUCCAGAUUUCGUCUGGACAUCUACAGGUGCCUGGCCAGCCCAUCGCUGAUCAUGCUAACAGAGGAGGACCCUAUUCUCAGGGCCUUUGAGCUGAGUGCCGACCUCCGGGAGCUGAGCCUGGUGGAGGUGGAGUUCAGGAAUGACUAUGAGGAACUGGCUAAGCAGUGUAAGAUGUUUGCUAAGGACCUCUUGGCCCAGGCACGCAACUCCAGAGAGCUUGAGGUGAUCCUCAACCACAUGGCCAAUGAGGACACGGUGGACAAAAGAGGCCUAAUGGAGGAACGCAUGAACCUCAGCCGACUUAAACUGGCCAUCAAGUACAAUCAAAAAGAGUUUGUCGCCCAGUCCAACUGUCAGCAGUUCCUCAACACUGUCUGGUUCGGUGAGACGGCCAGCUAUCGGCGUAAACACACCUGUCUGAAGAUGGCCACGGUGCUGAGUGUGGCUGUGCUGUGGCCGUUGCUCUCCCUGUGCUACCUGGUGGUGCCGCGCUCCCGCGUUGGUCAGAUUAUCCACACACCUUUUGUCAAGUUCAUUAUCCACAGUGCCUCAUACUUCACCUUCCUCCUGCUGCUCAACCUCUACUCUCUGGUGUACAACGAGGGAAAGAAGAACACCAUGGGCCCUGCUCUGGAGAUGAUUGACUAUCUUCUCAUCCUCUGGAUAAUAGGGAUGGUGUGGUCAGAUGUGAAGCGUCUAUGGUACGAGGGCCUAGAGGACUUCUUGGAUGAGUCGAGAAAUCAGCUGAGCUUCGUCAUGAAUUCCCUCUACUUGUCCACCUUCGCCCUCAAGAUAGUAGCCCAUAGCAAGUUUAAAAAUGUGGACGACACAGAAAGGAAGAACUGGGAUGCCUUCCACCCCAUUCUCGUUGCUGAGGGCCUGUUCGCCUUUGCUAACGUUUUGAGCUACUUACGACUCUUCUUCAUGUACACCACCAGCUCCAUACUUGGACCACUACAGAUCUCCAUGGGCCAGAUGCUGCAGGAGUUUGGGAAGUUUCUGGGUCUGUUCUUGCUGGUGCUCAUCUCCUUCACCAUCGGCCUGACGCAACUCUACGGGAAGGACCAGAAGGACCCGGCAAAGAGCCCGGCCAAGGACUGUGAGGGCAUCUUCUGUCAGCAGCAGAGCAACGAUGCCUUCCACACAUUCAUGGGGACGUGCUAUGCACUGUUCUGGUACAUUUUCUCGCUGGCCCAUGUGGCUCUCUUCGUGACCCGGAUCAGCUACACGGAGGAGCUGAGGUCGUUUGUGGGAGCACUCAUCGUGGGAACAUACAACAUUGUGGUUGUCAUUGUACUUACUAAGCUGCUGGUCGCAAUGCUGCACAAGAGCUUCAGGCAGAUCGCUAACCACGAGGAUAAGGAGUGGAAGUUUGCCCGCGCCAAACUAUGGCUGAGCUACUUCGACGACAAGUGUACCCUGCCACCCCCCUUCAACAUCCUGCCCUCCCCUAAGACUGUGUGUUACCUCCUGACCAGUAUGAGUAAAUGGAUCUGCUCCCACACCUCCACGGGGAAGGUCAAGAGACAGAACAGCCUCAAGGAGUGGAGGAACCUGAAACAAAAGCGUGACGAGAACUACCAGAAGAUCAUGUGCUGUCUGGUUCAUCGCUACCUGACAUCCACCAGGCAGAAGAUGCAGAGCACAGACCAGGCCACCAUGGAGAACCUAAACGACCUGAGACAGGACCUAUCCAAGUUCCGCAAUGAAAUGAGAGACCUUCUAGGUUUCAGAACCUCGAAGUAUGCCAUGUUCUAUCCCAGAAACUAGAACUGACCUGGUUUGGUCAAAUCGAACCUCAAACCAACUUCCACUUUACACCAUCCCCAAUCACAACCCACCCAUGUUCUGAUCUGGUCUGAACCUUCAUCCAACCCCAACUUCAACCCAACCAUGCCCUAACAUAGGAGCUAGGCCUGAACCACCCCUGACUCUACCCCCCCCCCCCACACACCCAACUCAACUAACCAGCUAAGACUGUUCUGAACCCAAACCUCAACUCCAACUUUCCCUCUCGGCUUCUUAACCCAGGGGUUUGUAUCUCUGAUCCUAGCAUGCUCAGAAAUGACUCGUGUCCAGUCACAGAGGAGAGACAUUUAAAACUGGAACUCUACUGGAAAUCUAUAUAUUCACUGAAGUCUCAGCCAGUCCCUAAUGUAAUAAUAUUCUGUUAUCCUACUUGUUUUCUAAAAUGUCAUUAUUUUCAACAAAAUACUAAAUAAAAUGUAUUGGACAAUG